AGUCUGAGUUGGAGCGUGUAUUGGUUUGGGUUUUGAUUUCACAGAUGCGGAAAGCCUUGUGGGGUUGUGGCGAGUGGCGACCAUGCCUUUACUGUCGAAAUCCUCCGUUGCUUUCUCCACAGAUCCUCCAUCUCCGCCACCGGCGCACGAUAACUCCGACGGCGCAGCCGAACGCCGCCUAAGAGAUGCUGAGGAUAGGCUUAGGGAGGCGAUAGAGGAGUUGCAGAGGCGGCAGCGGCACCGCGCUAGGGGACUUCAACCGCCCUGUCACCAUGCGGAUGAAUCCUGCGUCGCCAACGCCAUUGGUAACCUCUGCCAAACCUUCCUCCUCUCAUACGGUGUGCGUGUCGGAAUCGGUAUCCUUCUUCGUGCUUUCAAGCUUGUUCGGGGCCAGUCCUAUGCUUCCCUUCUGGAUCUCAAGCAACUUGUGUCAGAGAAAGAUUUGAUAGUGAGAGAAGAAGCUUGUCGUAUUGGGCUACUUUUUGGGGGUUUCACUGGAUCUUAUCAUGCCCUGAGAUGUUUGUUGAGAAAGUGUAGAAAGAAAGAGACACCAGUUAAUGUAAUUUUAGCAGGUUCAGUUGCAGGAUUGUCUAUUUUAGCACUAGAUGAUUCAAGCAGGAGGCGUACCCUUGCUUUGUAUCUUUUGGCUAGGCUUGCCCAGUGUGCCUAUAAUUCUGCCAAGUCAAAGAACAAGUUUCACCUUUGGGGAAGCCAUUGGAAACAUGGCGAUUCUUUGUUGUUUGCUUUAGCAUGUGCCCAGGUUAUGUAUGCCUUUGUAAUGCGUCCUGAGAGCUUGCCAAAGUCAUAUCAAGAUUUUAUUCAGAAGACUGGGCCAGUUGCAGCACCUGUUUACAAGGCUGUAAGGGAUAGCUGUCGAGGUGGCCCUGUGGAUGUUGUUUCUCUGUCAGCUUACUUAUUGAACAGAAAGGGAUCUCGUUCAGUAAAGAUGGAGGAGUUUCCGUCUAUAAUUUCUUGUUCUAUAAUACAUCCAGACACAAAUUCAUGUUUAGCUCACAAUGCUAAUGCAGCAUCUGCGACCUUCAGAAAAACAUUUCCCCUAUAUUUCUCAUUGACUUUUGUACCAUUUGUUGUUCUUCACUUGCAAAAGUUUAUGGAGUCUCCUGCUCGUACCUGCUGGAAUGCUGUUAAAGGUGCUGUUCGAUCAACAACAUUUUUGUCUGCUUUUGUUGGACUCUUUCAGGGGGUCAUAUGCUUGCACAGAAAGGUGGCAACAAAGGACCACAAGCUUGUAUACUGGGUGGCUGGUGGAAUUGCUGCCCUUUCCAUGCUAUUGGAGAAGAAAGCCAGACGUGCGGAAUUGGCUCUAUAUGUUCUUCCACGAGCUGGAGAUUCUUUGUGGUAUAUAUUAGCGAAUCGAAAUUUGCUGCCACAUAUAAAAAAUGCUGAGGUGGCUUUAUUCUGUAUGUGCAUGGGAGGAAUCAUGUAUUUUCUAGAGCAUGAGCCAGAUACGAUGGCCCCACUCCUCAGGGGUUUGAUACGUCGCUUCCUUGCGAGCAGGAUGAGCAAUCCAGGCCCAGCCUCUAGUCGUAAUGCAUCAUACUCGUAUCUACAAACUCUUGAUGCCAUUAAGAAACCAAAAUUACAAGAGAACCCUGAUACUGGUACUUCAGCUUCUGAGAAGUAUAAUCUUGAAGCCAUACCUGGACUUUAAGCUUGCCAUCAGAGCUAUCGAACGGUGUGGAAGGGUUUUACUCUUUUACUAUUUCUGAUUUGUUAUCACAUAUCAGGGCAAGAAAUUUUGCUCCAUUUAUUGAACCCAGAAUCUGGGAUUGUUAUUGGCCAUUUUUUUUAACCAAACAGAUCCAAAAUGAAUUAAGAUCUUCUUUUUGACCUCUAUAGAU